AUGCACCUGCAUCUUUCCGUCUUACUGUUCUACCUGGUGAUCUCAUUGCCUGCAGGUAACUGCGCGGUUGGGCACAGAGGUAUAGAAUUUCGAACAUGUACUUCAAUGCAAGGCCUUUGUUUCUUUGGUUGUAGGCCAGGAUGGAUAUGGAUAGCUUUCUGUAACAACAUAAUGUCCUGUUGUAAACAGGACACAUUAUUUGCACCUCCUCAAAGCGAAGUUUUCUGA